GUAGAGCUUCACCAUAAUACCCUCAAUGGUGGUCGGUAUCACUGAAAUGCCACCCAAGGCAGCUCUUUGGAGGCAGCUCCAUGCUUUGUACGUAACCAGAGGAACCCAGGAGCCCUUGAAAUGGACUAGACUCAUGAAAGGCUACCUUUCUUAUGGCUUUGCAGAGGAAGCUCUCCUCAUAUACACCCAAAAUCUCCCUGAUAGGAUCCACCAACCCAUACUACCGUUUGUUCUCAAAGUUUGUGCCUCCCACUCCCUCCUUUCACUUGGACAAUCCCUGCAUGCAGAGUGUAUCAAACUUGGGAUGGUCCAUGAGCUAUUCGUGGGUACCACAUUUGUCUCCAUGUACUGUAAAUGUCAUCGGCCCGCUGUUGCUCGUAAGUUAUUCGAUGAAAUGCCUGAGAGGAAUGUGGUGACAUACAAUGCGAUGAUUGGAGGGUACUGUAUGAAUGGUGACAUGGAGUUGGCUUCAAUUCUCUUUGACCAGAUGUGUUCGCGGACCCCUGUCACUUGGGCAUUGACGAUUGAAGGGUUUGCUAAGGUGGGGGAUACUGUGGCUGCGAGGAGGUUGUUCGACAGGGCCCCACCAGAGAUGAGAACCGUGGUGACAUGGACUGUUAUGGUCCAUGGUUAUACUGUAAAUGGUGAGAUGGAAACUGCAAGGGAAUUGUUUGACCGCAUGCCAGUUCGGAAUUUCUUCGUGUGGUCAUCCAUGAUCACUGGGUAUUUCAAGAAGGGUGAUGCUGAGGAGGCUAGAGCAAUUUUCAACCAAAUGCCAGUCCGGAACUUGGUGAAUUGGAAUGCAUUGAUAGCUGGGUAUGCACAAAUUGGAUGUUGCGAGGAGGCUUUGGAGGCUUUUAGGCAAAUGCUGGAGUGUGGCAUCGAACCUGAUGAGUUUACAAUAGCGAGUGUUUUAUCAGCUUGCUCACAAUUCGGUUCGCUAGGUUGUGGCAAGAAAAUCCAUGAAUUGAUCAAUCACAAAAAAAUAAAGACAAAUCAUUUUGUUUUAAAUGGUUUGGUUGACAUGUACGCAAAAUGUGGUGAUCUUGAAAGAGCAAAAAAAAUCUUUGAUGGGAUGAGAAGAAGGAACAGUGUAUGUUGGAAUUCAAUGAUCUCGGGCCUUGCUAGUCAUGGUCAGAGUGAAGAGGCCCUCAAGCUCUUUGAUCAAAUGGAGGAGUCAGAAGAAAAACCUAAUGAGAUAACCUUUCUUGUGAUCCUUUCAGCCUGCACACAUGGAGGAUUUGUUAAAGAAGGACUAGAAAUUUUUGAGAAGAUGGACAAGUACGGAUUGGUUGCAGGCGUGGAGCACUAUGGAUGUUUGGUCGAUCUAUUGGGCCGAGCAGGAAGGCUAGCUGAAGCCUAUGAUGUGAUCAAGAAGAUGCCAAUGAAACCAAAUGAGGUGGUAUGGGGAGCUCUGCUAGGAGCGUGUAGAUUACACAUGGAUAUGGAAAUUGCGGACAAAGUGGUGCAUGAGAUUGGAACCUUGAAUUCUGGUGCUGGAUCCACUAAUGAUGCACAAUAUGUAGUGCUAUCAAAUAUUUAUGCUGCUUCAGAAAAAUGGGAAGAAGCAGAGAGGAUAAGGAGGAGUAUGGUGGAAAAUGGAAUACAAAAAAUGCCUGGUUGCAGUUCCAUUAUGGUAGGUAACACAGACUACCAGUUCCAUGCUGGGGCAAUUGUAGAUUCUCAAGCACAUAUGCUAUGUGGAGCCUAGGAUUAGACAUUUUAAGUAUUAGGAUCAUGAGAAUCGGCGGACGCUGGCAUUGUUGGAUGUUUCCAAACUCAAACAGUUCGGAGAAAAAAUAUUCAAGUUGCACAAGAAACAUUUGCUUUGAGAAUUUUGUAGUUUUUAUUCAGUACUGAGCUUAGGAUAUGAGCUGAAGCAAGGAAGAACGUAUUGGCUCUCCCUUAGACUAAUUUUGAUAGUAGAUCACUGGAUAAACCAGGAUACCAAGCAAUGAGCUGAGAUGAGAUCAAAAAAUUUGAUAUUGUUUACACACAAUGAGCAAGUACAGUAAUGAAACUGAUACGGGUGUAAGAUAUACUAGUUCUUAUUCAAGAUUGAAGCACAGUAAACAAGGUUUAACCAAGCACAGAUUCCAGUCAACAAGAGGCAGUCUUCAAAAAUUUGGCCAUAAUGCAUCGCAUUGUGAUGACUUGUUUUGAUACUGGCACUUUGGAAAGUCAUUCAAUAUUAGCAUGCUAAAUUAUUGUACUUUUCCUUCUUUUGUUGUAUACUGCAGUUGCUGUUAAUUUCAGUCAUAUUAUCUCAGUGCUGAACACAUGGGAAGGUCUAUGAGAACUAUUUCAGAACUCUGCCCACCCCCUUCUCCCUCCCUCCCUCCCUCCCUCCCUCACUUUUAUCUUCAAGAAACAUUCAUUAAUUUAUCCUCCAUAAUUAGAGCUUC